UCUAUGCGGUAGUUUUGUUUGGCCCACCAUGUUGGACUGUAGUGGAGGUCAGUGAAAGGUAUAGGCUUCGUCUGUUAGUAUUCUUCAGAGCGCCGAAGAUGUUAGCUGUUACAUCUGCACUUUUACGGGGGUUGGCCAGCAAAAACGCUGCCAGAACUUUGGUUGUAUCCCGUAAUUAUGCAGAUGUGGUUUCAGAAGCAACCUUUGAAAUUAAGAAAUGUGAUGGCUUUCGUCUUGAAGAGCUGCCUCCUUCUACAACUGUGCUUACACGCGAGGAUGGCCUUUCAUUUUACAGAACCAUGCAAACAGUUAGAAGAAUGGAGCUGAAAGCAGACCAACUGUACAAGCAAAAGAUCAUUAGAGGCUUCUGCCACUUGUAUGAUGGUCAGGAAGCCUGCUGUGUUGGAAUUGAAGCUGCCCUCAUUCCUGAAGACCACUUGAUAACUGCUUAUCGAGUUCAUGGCUACAGCUUCACUCGAGGAGUUCCUGUAAAAAAUGUCUUAGCCGAGCUUACAGGAAGAAGAAGUGGAUGUGCAAAGGGUAAAGGAGGAUCCAUGCAUAUGUAUGGUAGAAACUUCUAUGGUGGGAACGGCAUAGUGGGUGCUCAGGUCCCUCUUGGAGCAGGUGUUGCAUUGGCUUGUAAAUAUAAUGGCACAGGCGGAAUUUGUGUGGUAUUAUAUGGUGAUGGUGCUGCUAACCAGGGCCAGAUCUUUGAGACGUAUAACAUGGCUGCCUUGUGGAAGCUGCCUUGUAUCUUCAUUUGUGAGAACAACCGGUACGGAAUGGGCACAUCUGUUGAGAGAGCUGCAGCAAGUACAGAUUAUUACAAGAGAGGAGAAUUUAUCCCUGGCCUUAGGUUGGAUGGUAUGGAUGUUCUUUGUGUCAGAGAGGCAACAAAAUUUGCUGCAGAACAUUGUAGAUCAGGAAAGGGACCUAUCUUGAUGGAACUACAGACAUAUCGUUACCAUGGGCACAGUAUGAGUGAUCCUGGAGUCAGUUACCGUACAAGAGAAGAAAUUCAGGAAGUAAGAAGUAAAAGUGACCCUAUUACUUUGCUAAAAGACAGAUUACUGAGCAGCAACCUCGCCACUGUUGAUGAACUUAAGGACAUUGAUGUUAGUGUGAGGAAAGAAAUUGAAGAGGCUGCACAGUUUGCUACAACGGAUCCUGAACCUCCACUAGAAGAACUUGCCAAUCAUGUCUACGCCAAAGAACUUGCCUUUGAUAUCCGUGGCUGCAAUCCUUGGAUAAAGUACAAAUCUGUGGGUUAGAACCUGGAAGAGUGUAUAUGGACAGAUGUUUGGCAUAUGCCCACUUGUUUUUACUGAACCCUAGAACACUUGCAGUUUGCUAUCUCGCUUGGUAACUUUAAUGUUGAAUACUGGAAGUUGUAUGGAAAUGCCCUUAGUCAUGUAAAUAUUGAACAUGUGUUGCCAACAAUAAAACAUCAAAACACA